CACGUCCCUCGUCCGGGAUCACCCAUCUUCCUUUGCGUUACCGCCCAUGCGGUGUGACCCCUUUUUUGUGACCUCCCUGUAGCCAUCCUUGUUCCCAGCUCUUGUACGCAAUGGCAAGUACAAGUAUCGAGUACUUGAAGCUGCCACCGUUCCUACCCGGGCUCCAAUCCUCUCCUUGCAACAUCUCCUGUACCGCGAUCCCCAAGAACGAAGUCGAAACCCCUGAGUUCGUCCUCUGCUCCCGUUUUUCUCAAGAUGGGCCAAAUGAUACCCGACCUCACACCAGGACUGCCUAGAGCUUUCCAGACCACCAGCGCGCCUAAGAGACCGCAGUAUGACACCACCAUCACGGACAAGGUCAUAUCUGCCACUGGCCCGAAUGCCAAUGGGCGCCUGGCACAAGUGAUGCCCAGCUUGGUGCGCCACCUCCAUGCGUUCGCACGUGAAGUCGACUUGACGGUUGCAGAGUGGACAACUGCCGUGGAUUUUAUUAAUGAAUGCGGCAAGAUGUCCGAUGACCGACGGAACGAGACCCAGCUGCUGUGCGAUAUCGUGGGGUUGGAAAGCCUGGUUGACGAGAUCACGUCCAAGAUGCUGGCGACUUCCAACUCCGAAACUCCCUCCGCCAUCCUCGGCCCAUUCUACCGGCACGACGCGCCUUUGCUGCCGAACGGGAGCUCCAUUGUCCAGAACCUAACCCCUUCUGUACCAUGGUAUGAACAAGCAGUUGCUGACUCGGCCUUUGUAUCGGGCCGCGUCUUGACGAGCUCGGGCAUGCCUAUUAAGGGGGCGGUCGUGGACGUAUGGCACUCGGCGCCGAACGGGUUGUAUGAACAGCAAGACGAGUCGCAGCCGGAUAUGAACUUUCGAGGUCGUUUCGAGACAGACGAGGCGGGCUGUUACGCCUUUUAUGCGUUGCGGCCGGUCCCAUAUCCGAUCCCCGACGACGGGCCGGCGGGGAAACUGUUGGGCUUACUGGAUCGGCAUCCCUAUAGGCCGGGCCACAUCCAUUUUAUGGUGUAUGCUCCGGGGUUCCGAGCCUUGACGACGCAGUUGUACGACGACCGAGAUGAAUAUGUUGCCAACGACGCCGUGUUUUCCGUCAAGGACGAACUGGUCGUCAAAUUCAUACCACGCGACGGGGACCCUAAUGCGCGGUGGUCACUCAAGUAUGACUUCGUGCUUGGUCGGGAAUGA